AUGGGGUUUUCUGAUGACGAGAAAAAGUCCGGGCCCGUGGUGAACAAUCCCGAGGCCCACGCCGACGAGUCGGACACGGACCAGAUUUCCCUUGAUGCCCAGGAUGGUGUUAAGCAGAUCGAGGCGACGACCAAGGUGUGGACAAAGACGGCCCUGAUCGUGGCCUACGUGAUGAUAUGGGUCAUCUACUUCGUUGAUUCCACCCAGCAGGGCACUACCGGCACCCUCACGACAUAUGUCACGAGCAAAUUCGACCAUCACUCGCUGACACCAGCAGUGAACAUCAUGUCCAGCCUCAUCGGCGGCAUCUCCAAGCUUACCCUGGCCAAGAUCUUGGACGUAUGGGGCCGUCCGCAGGGCUAUCUCGUCUCCAUCAUAAUCUGCACCCUCGGUAUCAUCAUGAUGGCCGCAUGCCGGAAUGUCGAGACCUAUGCCGCCGCGCAGGUGUUCUACUGGGUCGGAUACAACGGCUUGGAUUACACGCUCAGCAUCUUCAUUGCCGACACGUCCUCGCUCCGCAACCGGUCGCUCAUGUUUGCCUACGCCUCGUCUCCCUAUUUCAUUACCACCUGGAUCGCCGGCUAUAUCGCCCAGUCAGUCACGAGGCCGGGCGGGAUCGGCCUCAACUGGGGCUUUGGCGUCUUCGCCAUCGUCACACCCGCUGUCACGCUUCCGCUCUUCGCGCUCUUCUGGUACAAUCUGCGCAAGGCCAAGAAGAUGGGCUUCCUGCAGAAGGAGCCUAGCGGGCGCAGCGCCUUGGGGUCUGUCUGGCACUACGCCAUUGAAUUCGAUGCCCUUGGCCUGCUCCUUUCGUCGGGCGGCCUGGCGCUCUUCCUGCUUCCCUUCAGCCUGUACUCGUACCAGGCUGACGGCUGGCGGUCUCCGCUCGUCAUCUGCAUGAUUAUCUUCGGCGGCCUGCUGCUCGUCGCCUUCGCCGCGUGGGAGAAGUACUUUGCGCCGGUCAAGAUGCUGCCGUGGCAGCUGCUGACUGACCGGACUAUAAUGUCGGCGUGCGUCCUGGCAGGGACCAUUUUCGCCAGCUUCUACAUCUGGAACAGCUUCUUCUUCUCGUUCCUGCUGGUCGUCAACGGCCUGUCCACCGAGCACGCGACCUAUGUGAGCAACAUCUACAGCAUGGGCUCGUGCCUGUGGGCCAUCGUCACGGGCCUCUUCAUCCGCUGGAACGGGCACUUCAAGUGGGUGGCCAUCGGCUUCGGCAUGCCCGUGACCAUCCUGGGCGUCGCCCUGAUGAUCAACUUCCGGCAGCCGGGCGUCAACAUCGGCUACAUCAUUAUGUGCCAGAUCUUCAUCGCCGUCGCCGGCGGCACCCUCGUCAUCUGCGAGCAGCUGGCCGUCAUGGCCGCCGUCGGCCACCAGCACGUCGCCAUCGUGCUCGCCGUGGAGGCCAUGUUCUCCAGCAUCGGCGGCGCCGUCGGCCAGACCAUCGCCACUGCCAUCUGGACGAGCGUCUUCCCCGAGAGGCUGGCCCGCUACCUGCCCGCCGAGUCGCAGGGUAACCUCACCGCAAUCUACGGCGACAUCGGGACCCAGCUCUCCUACCCCAUCGGCGACCCCACCCGCUCCGCCAUCAUGCACGCCUACGGCGAUACCCAGCGGUACAUGCUCAUCGCGUCCACCGUGACUCUGUUCAUCGCCCUCGCGAGCGUCUUCUUCUGGAGGGACAUCAACGUCAAGAACAUGAAGCAGGUCAAGGGUAAUGUGAUCUAG